UCACAACGAUAUCUAAUUUUUACUUUUCUUAAUUUUUGCUUUGUCCUCUCUUGACAUCUACAAUGGAUCGAGUACAUGUCCUUCUUUUUGGGCUACCACUCUUUCUCCUAUGCAGCGACCUUUUAAACCUCUUUACUCCACCGCCACCACCUCCUCCGUCGCAUCCGAAACCCAGCCACCACCACCAUCACCACCAUCACCAACCCCAACUUAAUCCGGAAACCUCAGAAUUCUCUACACCGAAACCUGUGGGAGGACUCGGGUAUGGCAGUACAGUAAACAUAAACUUUUGCGCUUCUUGCUCAUAUAGGGGUAAUGCAGUAACCAUGAAGAAGAUGUUGGAGACUCAAUUUCCUGGAAUUGAUGUUGUCCUUGAAAAUUAUCCCCCACCUAUGCCCAAGCGUCUGCUUGCUAAAGUGGUCCCAGCUGUUCAAUUUGGAGUCAUUGGGAUUAUCAUGGCUGGUGAACAGAUUUUUCCAAUGAUGGGAAUUAUGACACCUCCUCCGUGGUAUUAUUCUUUGCGCGCCAAUAGAUUUGGAUCUAUUGCAUCCACCUGGCUUCUUGGAAACUUUUUGCAGUCCUUCCUACAAAGCUCUGGGGCUUUUGAAGUAUACUACAAUGAUGAAUUGGUCUUCUCUAAACUGAAGGAGGGCAGGUUUCCAGGCGAGAUCGAGCUAAAAGAACUUGUUUUCAAAAAAUUGUCAACAUCAAGACUUGAGGAUGGCCUUUGAGGAGUAUGGUCUUGGUUCAUUGUCUGAUAAUGGAGGGUUAAAACCAAGGGAUUGAAGUGCAAUAGGUCCAUGUAAGAUGUCACGAUUUAGAGUAGCACCAAACAUAAGCAGAUAUUAUGCCAUUUUGUUAAUGUAAAUUUGAACCUGCAUUAAGGUCAUUCCAAGACAGUUGAUCUCAAAGUGAAACAUCAGAUAUGGAGCAUGUUGAUUAACUAUAUUUUUCCAGAGUGAGUUAGGUUUUCAUAA